ACUAACAAUCCAUUUCUUUACAAAUACUAUUUAAUUACUAAUCGCUAAACAAAACUCAUUUUGCAUUUUGUGUUAAACGUGUUUAAAACUAAUUUUUGGACAAAAUGAGUUCCCAAGUCAAUGGUACUGCUAAGGGAAUCCCUGCACAAGAAGUUCCAGUGUCUAUGAAAAUCAAGACCUGGCUAUUGUCAAUAAUAUAUGGUCUAUUCGUGUCGUGUUAUCUCAUAUUCAGUAUAAUUAGGAAUCGGAGUAAAUUCUUUCAGCAUAAGCGCCGGGAUGUGCCACCAAAGUGUCUGUACGACCCAUCGCACGGAACUCAUCACUUCAUACAACUUAAAGACAUUAAAAUGCAUUACGUGUCGAAAGGCGAUGAAAACAAUCAGACAAUGCUUUUCAUCCACGGCUGCCCUGAGUUGUGGUACUCCUGGAGGAAUCAAAUGGAAGAGUUCGCCAAAGACUAUCACGUGAUCGCAGUGGACAACCGGGGAUAUGGCGAUACAGAAAAACCUAGCGGCGCUCACAACUACACCCUCGACCUGAUUGUCGAGGACACCAGACAACUGCUGGAAGCGCUCAAUAAGACUAAAAUAGUGAUCGUUUCGCACGACUUCGGCGGUGCCAUCGGUUGGCGAUUUGUCGCCAAAUACCCCGAAAUGGUGGACAAGAAUAUAAUCAUCAAUAGUCCGCACCCACUGAUGACGCGGUCGGCCGGUUGGAAGCAAUUGUGGUACUCGUGGUACAUGAGCUUCUAUAACCUGCCGUACCUCCCGGAGUUUGCAAUGCAAAGCAACGAUUACUACCUCUUUGACUACGUUAUGAGGACCUGGGAUGAGAAGCCCCUGUUGUCCGCCGAGCACAUGGAGGCCUAUAAGUACCAGUUCCAGAAGCAUGGCUUCACGGGACCCCUCAACUGGUACCGGGCGGUGGUCAGGCGCUACCCCUUACAGCACCCUAAGAGUUAUCAAAUUAAAACGCCUACGCUCACUAUUUGGGGAACUGGCGAUAAGUAUUUGACGACACCGUUAGCCGCGGCCCACAAAUAUGUGGAUGACUUAGAGGUUAAGUACAUCGAUAAGUGCUCGCAUUGGACGCAAAUGGAGCGCCCGGUGCUCGUCAACAAGUAUAUGAGGGAGUGGUUGGAGUCCAGGAAAAAAUAG